GGUGAUUCUAAACCACCUCAACUGAAAGCGAGUCAGGGCCUCAACGGUGCGAAAGGAUCAUUACAAUGUUAUAAUUGUAGAGGAUUCGGGCAUAUAGCUCGUGAUUGUCCGAAGAAAAAUCCCAGCUCACAAAUUGAGAAAUCUAACAGAGUCCAGGGUGCGGGCACUACGAGCG